AACGUGGCCAAAAUGGCAACCAGUGAAAAUCAAAGUUAAAGCAGCAAAUAAUCCACACACAGUUCAUUGUUCUAUAUAGAAAUCGAGCAAUUAAAUACUCAACAGACACAGACCGGAGCGGUUCGCCUCCAGUUCAACGAUCCGUAGUUGAAGUGCUACCGAAAAGCAAAACAAAACUGCAGAACUGAAAGUCUAACAUGCGCCCGGCACGUUACCGAUGAAGCAAGCAACUUUAAUCAGAGCCAGACACAGACUAAGACACAGAAGAAGCCCAGCAAGAGGAGAAGGAGGAGCAGGAGCCGCCAAGAUGUGUCCCAAACGGCAUUGGCUAGUCAACAAAGCAACCCCAACGGCAACGGCAACGGCAACGGCAACGGAAAAGGGAGUAAAGGGAGCUGCGGGCGCUGGCUCCCGGCGUAGCAGGCGGAGGAGUCUAGACCAAAUAGUAGAAGUAUUAGUAGCCUUAAUCUUAGUCAAUUGCCUUGUGGCGACAGCAACAGCGGCCCUGAUCACGCCACCCGUUUUGGACACGGAUGCAGAUGAUGCAGAUCUGUCCGGCUUCUAUCGCAGCCCCCACCGACUGGAGGGCUAUCAGCAGCAGCAGCAGCAGCAGCCGCAGCGCAGUCAAAACUUCAAGAUCAGCCCCAAGCCGUGCUCCUUUGGGCGUGUGGAGGGCACCUGCAUGUUCGUGUGGGAGUGCAUCAAGAGCGAGGGCCGUCAUGUGGGCAUGUGCGUGGACUCCUUCAUGUUCGGCUCCUGCUGCACGCACAACUUUACGGACAACAUUGUCCUGCCGCAGACGGCCUUCUCCUACACAAGGCCCACCAAGCCGCUGACACUAAGGCCACGCCCGCCGCCGCCCGCCUACAAGCCAAUGAUUAGUGGCAUGACCACCAUUGAGCGUCCACAUGGCGCUGGCACACUGGUGAUUCGUCCUUCGGGUCCGCAUCAUCAGGGCACUUUGGCACGGCCACAUCCGCCUCCCUAUCAGAGCAAGCCCACAACGUCGUCGGAUCUGCAGAGUGCCGCCUCGCACCCGAGCUUCAGUUCGAGCUCGAGUCCAAAUAGCAUUUGGCAUACAUCAACCCAGCAGCAGCAGCAGCAGCAGCAGCAGCAGCAUCAACAAAAUCACUGGCAGAUGACCACCGAGCCGAGCUUUAUUACCAGGCCGCGACCCACCAACGGCUGGACGAAGCCCGGCAUCGUCAAUCUGCAAAUGCCCGGUCCACGUCCCUCGAAGCCAUCGAAGCCCACAAAGAAACCGAUUGUCUACGAGCGUCCGCCACCGCCACCAUCAUCCACGACGACAUCGACAACGACGACGACGAUCCAGACACAUCCCCAUGACCAUCAUACACAAGCGCAGGGCCCCACCAGGCCGCAGCUGUCGGCGGGCACAUCAUUAGCUACAUCGUCGUCUUACCCAACCUACUCCACGUCGAAGGGUACGACGACAACGAGGAGAACGACCACACCAGCACCGAAAACGACGACAACGACGAGGAGAACCACCAGCAUCACCACAACAAGGCCCUACCAAAGGCCCACCACAGCCAGCAGCAGCACAACGAGAAGUUCGACAAGCACUGCCAAGACACCCACCACGACCAGGCCACAUACGAGUCCAAGCAUCAUCUCCAGCAGCAGCAGCAGCAGCAGCAGCAGCAGCAGCAGCAGCAGCAGCAGCCAGCCCACGCAUCGUCCUAUACUGGAGGCCACAUCAUCUGGCGGUGGCAGCGGUGGUGGGGGCCACAUUGAGACCAACGAGAUAACGGACUCCUCCACACACGAGGGGGCGGCGACGACGACGGGUGUGACGGCGCUGGGCCAUGUGAAGACCAUUUCUGCGGCACGCAGCGAAUGCGGCAUCCCGACACUGGCGAGGCCCGAGACUCGGAUUGUGGGCGGCAAGAGUGCGGCCUUCGGUCGUUGGCCCUGGCAGGUGUCGGUGCGACGCACCUCCUUCUUUGGCUUCUCCAGCACCCAUCGGUGCGGUGGCGCUUUGAUCAACGAGAAUUGGAUAGCCACAGCUGGUCACUGUGUAGACGACCUGCUCAUCUCGCAGAUACGCAUCCGCGUGGGCGAAUACGACUUCUCGCAUGUGCAGGAACAGCUGCCCUAUAUAGAGCGCGGUGUGGCCAAGAAGGUGGUCCAUCCGAAGUACAACUUCUUUACGUACGAGUACGAUCUGGCGCUGGUCAAGCUGGAGCAGCCGCUCGAAUUUGCUCCGCAUGUCAGUCCCAUUUGUCUGCCCGAGACGGAGAGCCUUCUAAUUGGCAUGAAUGCCACGGUCACAGGCUGGGGUCGGCUCAGCGAGGGCGGCACCCUGCCCUCGGUACUCCAAGAGGUCUCUGUUCCUAUUGUGAGCAACGACAAUUGCAAGUCCAUGUUUCUGCGCGCCGGACGCCAGGAGUUCAUUCCGGACAUCUUCCUGUGUGCGGGCUAUGAGACGGGCGGCCAGGACUCUUGUCAGGGCGACUCCGGUGGACCGCUGCAGGCCAAGUCACAGGAUGGUCGCUUCUUUCUCGCUGGCAUCAUCUCGUGGGGCAUUGGCUGCGCGGAGGCGAAUCUGCCGGGUGUGUGUACGCGCAUAUCCAAGUUUGUGCCCUGGAUACUGGAGCAUGUCAGAUGAUGACCGAACGAACGAACGAUCAUUCUAGACUCUAGAUGCGCUCCCUCGACUUUUGUUAUUGUUUUAAUUUAUCGAGUUGUAGCUUAUGUAAGAUUUGUGUGAUUUAUCUUAAAGGAAUGUUAAGCGUAGUUAGCUUCAAUUUUAACAAUUUGUAAACACAGCAUUGACACACUGCCACGCCCCUGCCCAAGCACACACACACACACACGAGUCAACGCCCAUUAAGUUAGUCUAGCGAGAAAAUGUUAGAGUUUCUGGGGAAUUUCCAUUUGUAAAUAGCCGAAAAAAUUAGAUUGGGGGGCAGGAUGGUGGGGUAUGGGCGGGCGAGAGUCAUUUGCGAGUAUGCGACCCACAAUGUUGUUGGUAUUUUAGGCCUAGCAAUAAUAUCAUUAAACAAUUAACUAAAUCUAUCUAAUUUAUAAACAAACUGCAGACAGACAUCCGACCCAUGUUGUUUGUAUCUUGCCCAAAGAAUCAAAAAAGC